AUGAGGAUGCAACACACCCCCGAUAAUGUCUGUCACCUCCAGCGGUCUCUAUAUGGGCUAAAACAGGCACCUCGGGCUUGGUUCAAAUGCCUACAUGAUUUCUUGAUCUCUUCAGGUUUUUUAGCGUCCAAAACUGAUGUGUCCCUGUUUCACUACUCCGCGGGCACCUCACGGGUAUUCUUGUUGGUGUACGUGGAUGACAUCAUUAUGAUGGGUAAUGAUUCCGCUUUAAUUGACACGCUGCUACAUUGCUUGUCCUCCACCUUCAAGAUAAGGGACCUCGGUACACCGAGUUUCUUUCUCGGCAUCGAGACUCUGAAGGUAGACGGGGGCCUCAUUCUCUCUCAGUGCCGCUAUAUGGGUGAUGUUUUGAAUCGAGCAGGUAUGACUGACUGCAAGCCUCUGGCAACUCCAGCGGCUGUGACGCAAGCUGUUACUACCUCGAUUGAGCCAUUUUAUAAUCCCACACAGUAUCGUCGCUUAGUGGGUGCCCUGCAAUACUUGACUAUCACUCGGCCAGACCUUUCCUACGUGGUGAAUCGGUUGUGUCAGUUUAUGCAUACCCCUACCGAUGAGCACUGGAGACUUCUUAAGCGUGUCUUACGUUACGUCAAAGGCACGCUCAACUACGGUUUACGCUUAUCGGCUUCGUCCUCUUCCGACAUCCAUGCUUUUUCAUAUUCGGAUUGGGUCGGGUGUCUAGUUGACCGAAAGUCAACAAGUGGGUACGCAGUAUUUCUCGGGUCUAACCUGAUCUUUUGGCUUUCUCGCAAGCAGCGAACAGUUGCCCGUUCUUCGACUACGGCUAAAUACAAGGGGCUGGCUGAUGUCUCAGCUAAGGUCACGUGGAUUGUUUCAUUAUUGCGCAAGCUCGGUCUUCACUCAGGACAACCAACCGCUCUUUGGUGCAAUAAUCUUGGCGCCACAUAUCUAUGUGUCAACCCCGUGUUUCAUGCCAGGACCAAACACAUGGAAAUCGAUUAUCAUUUCGUUCGGGAUAAAGUUGCCUCCGAGGACUUCGUAGUUAAUUUUGUGUCUACAAAGGAUCAGCUGGCAGAUAUCUUCACGAAGCGGUUGCCAACUCCUCGUUUUGGGAUCCUUAGGGACAAGCUCAAUGAGUGA